CAACGUCGCUCACCACACCGUGGGCCUCCAAUUUAGCGCAGUCCAUUUGACGAAGCUAAGCACAACUACCCUACCACUGUCAGUGUCGGAUAUCAUCUCUUUCUUUCACCAGUAGGGCACGUCGAGAACAGUGCUUCUAGUCUGAUCGAAAGCAGUCCCAGGAGAGCCCAGGAACGUGCAAGAGCAUUGUUGGAGCGUCCAAUAUGUCGACAAUAUCCACACAGCUACGAGACUUCAAGGAACCUACCAAGGAUCAGCUGACUUGCGUUUUCUUUUCAAUACCGGAGGCGCCUCCUGUGCCUCUCAAGGACAAGGAGAAACAGGGUUCCGGAGAUGUAGAGAAGAUGGAGAUCAACGCCAUUCUAAGCUUUGGUGCGCAAGAAGUGGAAGACUCGUAUGCAGGAAAGCUACACUUGCUUCCACCAUAUCUUGCAUUUUCCUCCCUGGAUCGCAAGUCGGUCAGGUUCACAUUGCCCCUCUCCACGAUACGACGCGUCGAACGUCUUAAUGCGCGUGCUGGAGUUUACGCCUUGAGUCUCUCCACUUGGCACGGCAUGAAGAUAAUUGUGCAGUUGACCUCCCUUCGACCCACCGCCGACCUAUUUUGCAGCCUCUUGCGGGAGGCACUUAAGGCGGAGCUACAGCGUGGUCAGAUGAAAGCUGUGAAAGGCUUUGUAAAGACUUGCUACUCUGAGGAGCUUGUAUCGCCAUCGGGCGUCGCAGACAACGAGCGGGAGGAUGGAAGUCUUAUCACAGACGCCAAAGAAGGAUGUCCACCUCCAGAGACAGAAUUCCAUGGCGGUCUAGGAUUGCAGUUCAAGUUCCCUGGUGACCCAAAGAAGCUGCGUGAGGCAUCGAAAAUCAAGCUAUGGACGACAUAUUUAAAGAAUCACGGCCGCAAUCUUACAUUACUGAGAUACCCGCAGUGUACUCGGUUGGUUCAGGUCGGCCUCCCUAAUCGGCUUCGUGGCGAAAUGUGGGAGACGUUGUCUGGAUCUGUAUACCUUCGUUACUCCAAUCCUGGAGUAUACCAUCAACUGUUGUUGGACAUUAAGGGGACGAACAGCACGAGUUUUGAGGACAUUGAGAAGGAUUUGCACAGGAGUCUUCCGGAAUAUGCAGGCUAUCAAUCUGAUGAGGGCAUCAGCGCUCUUCGUAGAGUGCUACAAGCCUAUUCGCACAGGAACCCAGAAGUCGGAUAUUGUCAGGCGAUGAAUAUACUGGCAGCUGCGAUUCUAAUUUACAUGUCAGAAGAGCAGGCCUUUUGGCUUCUCGAAGUUCUGUGUGAUAGACUUCUGCCUGGCUAUUACAGCCCGACUAUGCAUGGCACAUUGCUGGAUCAACGAGUUUUCGAGUCUCUUGUGACACGGUGUUUGCCAAUGAUAAGCGAUCACUUUCAGGCGGUUGAUGUGCAGCUCUCGGUCGCAUCUUUGCCAUGGUUCUUGAGUUUGUACAUCAAUAGCAUGCCUAUGGUUUUUGCUUUCCGCAUUGCGGACUGUUUCUUCUGCAUGGGCCCGAAAGUGCUUUUCCAAGUAGGACUAGCCAUCCUUAAGAUUAAUGGUGAAAAACUACUGCAGAUACAAGAUGAUGGGGGCUUCUUAAACUUGAUGCGCGAAUACUUCGCCUCACUGGGUGACUCUGCGCAUCCAGAGUCAGCGGAUCCUCGAGCAAGGGCGAUAACACGCUUCCAGGAACUACUUCUCAUCUCGUUCCGGGAGUUCGCCGUGAUUACCGACGAGACGAUUCUCUCCGAACGCAGAAAGUACAGGAACGAAAUCGUCAACAGCAUCGAAUCUUUCUCUAAGCGCUCGGCGGUCAGAAACCUGAAGACGCUCGGAAGAUUUACCAAAGAGCAAGCUGGGUUCGUAUACGAUGCUUUGUACAAGGCCAUGUGUGAUGUCCCACCACCACCAUCUGUUGCUCCUCCACCAUCGCUCUUGGCCACGAAUGAUGGGACCCAAGAAAGAGCAGAGACUAGAAUUGGGAUACCAACUUUCCACGUUUUUCUCAGCGAAAUCUUGACCUGGGCGCGGAACGAAAAGAUCGUGAUCAAUGGUUUCCAGCAACGCAUCGACCGCGAGGUUGCAGAACACGAACUAAUAGACCGUCUCUUUUAUUUUUGGGAUACCUCGUGCAAAGGCUCUUUGUCAUUCCAGGAUCUCGUGUCUGGUCUAGACGGCGUGAUGUUCAAUGAUUUGAUGGAGAACAUUGAAUGGUUCUUUAAUCUGCAUGACAAGAACAAAGAUGGGUACUUGACUAAGGACGAAGUCCUGACCCUCUCUGAGUCAUUUCUUUUCAUUUUCCGUUACGAGAUCGGCGAUGCCUACCUAGGAGCCGUCAGCAAAUUUAUGACCAACGCUUUCGAGUAUGGCGAUAGUCUCCUGCCACAGCAAACGAAUAGCGAGACCGGAGCAACAGGCCCUCAAGAAAUCGGGCACAACCAACCAUACCUCAACCUUGCUACAUUCCGGAUGGUGGUUCUAGCUGAUGAGAUCCUGGAGUCGUUCUUCGAAACGGAUCUUUCUGCUUCAUUCACGCUAGAGACCGUUCCUGACCUUGAGCUACCCCCGGCGUCAAGUGGCUUCUUGGGCGAUCUGUGGUCUAACAUCGCUACCCAGGACAACAAGAAUAUGUUCAACAGAUUGAGCGAUGAGCUUGGCAAGACGAUAGGCAAGCAUCAGGUUAUCUACCGCCCUAAAAUCGGACGAUUCACAAAACUCGAAGAACCGACGGCACGGGAGUCGCUUAUCUCACCUUCAGCCAAAACUACCUUCUCGGGAAGCUCCUCGGAUACUGUGGCAGUAUCGAGCUCGCCUUCAACUAUCACUCUCGACGCGUCGUCCAUGCAGGAAAAAGGUUCAGCAUUUUCUCCGAUGCCCCAUUUCAAAGCGGUCAAUACGGCAUUCAUGGAGCGAACGCCGUUUGCGAUCGACGACGCAGGUGAUGAUGACGAUGAUAGUGAUUUAGACAUGGUCCAUGGCGAAGAUGAUGAUCAAGUUCUGGACGAGGUGGAUGCCUUUUUGGAAGCACAUGAUUCAGGACUUUCUGAAGCAGACAAGGAGGCGGCAAAGGAUCUUCUUAAUGCUGAACCUGUCAAGUAAAGGGCGUUUACGCUGUCUAAUCACUUGUAGUUUUAUGUUGUUGCCCUGCUUUCCAUGCAUUUGCGAGU